UACUAGGCAGGCUUGGCCCUACCGUCGGGAAAAGAGCCAAUUUCCUUCCCUUCGGGCCGACGGGGCUGUGGGUGACUCCACGCAGGCCCCGCCCGCCGCCGGCGUCGCCCCUCGGGCCAAGCAGCUGCGGCCCCCGAUCCGUGUGGGGCCGUGUGGGGCCGUGUCGGGGCCGUGUGGGGGCUGUGUCGGGGCCGUGUCGGGGCCAUGUCGCGACACAGGCGGGUUCCGCGGCGGCAGCCCGGCGGGGCUGCGGGGGACUGGGCUGCCGGCGCCGCGGGGCGCGCCCGGGCCGAGGCCCUCAGGGAGGUCGGCGUGGACGAGGUGGUGGAAAUGGCGGUGCAGCUCGCCCUGGAGCGGUUCCGGAGCGGGGACGAGGCGGAGAUGGAAUUUCCUUCUAGUUUCACUAGUACUGAAAGAGCAUUUGUUCACCGUCUCUGUCAGUCUCUCGGACUGGUAUCUAAAAGCAAAGGAAAAGGAGCCAAUCGCUACCUGACUGUAAGGAAGAAGGAUGUAUCAGAGGCACACGCAGGCAUGACUUGUGGCUUGGCUCUCCGUACGAAACACGCUGUUCGGAGUCUGAUUCAGCUCUUUCCCGUCACAAAUAAGGAAGGCACGGAACUCCUGCCAAGGACAGAGCGAGGAAAUGUUGAAUCUGGUACGCUGGGUUCUGCUUUGGACUUGUCCAUGGCCACCACUUGGAAAAACCACCUGCAGCCCAAAGACAAAAGAAACCUCUUUCUGUUCUGUCCCCUCUCGUGUCCUAACAGACACCUUCUUGCAAACGCAUUAAUUUUCCUUACUUUUAAGGUCUUUUGGAACUGGUGUUGGGAAGUCAUAUCAUGCACAUGGUGAUGUCCACCUUGUGUUGUGUUACUUUAGAAUCUUUGAGCCAGUUCCAGCCAAACCUUUUUGGAAGCACAGUUUGAAAUGUGGCUCCAUAAAAGUUCUGUGAGGUGGGAUUGAAGAGUCAGUGUUCCCCUGCUGCUGUAAGAACACCCAUAUGAGAAAAUGAAGUUGUCUGUUCUGCUUGUAGAAAUUAAUGUCCUUGAUAAAUGAAGAAUUUUAAUUUUUAUUUCUUCAUCUCUACAAAAUAGAUUUGGUCCUUAAAGGACUACUGUCCAGACUUCUUGAUUUCUUGAAUAUGGAAGAGUUCACUGAAAGACAAACUUCUGAUAAAAUGUUGGUUUUUUUUUUUAAACAGCAAGGUUUUAAUCUAGAUUAUUGCUUUAGCAGCUACAAGUGGAAGAGUUACAGUGUGUUUCUGUGUGCAGAGAUGGGUGCAGUGAACAGAAAACACUUGUACCAAUAUGCCUUGUUUAAUGGCAUGGUUCUGAUAGGUGGUGUCUGUUCUUGAAGUGCUUCCUUUGCUGUUAUUUCCAAUUGUUUCAGUUGUUUAAUAGGAUUGUUUAAUGAACAGAGGGAAGCUAUAAUGCAAGGACUGAAAUGCAAUGUCUUAGGAAUGUAAGGGAUAAGUUAAUGAGCAGUCUAAUAUUUGCCUUUCUCUGCAUCUCAAGAAUGUAUUUUUAGUUCUCCCGAUCUCUUAGUCUGUGUUUAUUUUGGUACAACAGAGGUUGAAAUUUAGUAUAUGAAUCUGUUACUGACAUUAAAUAUGCAUAAUUGAGUUUACAGCAAGCUUUUCAUUCUUCUGGAAAAUAAUUCUCAAGGAAUUAGAGAGUAGCACUUGCAAUGAUGGAUGUGAAGUAGCUGCCUCAGAAGAUGUGCCCGUUGGUUGGCUACUUAUGCACUGCUUUGUAACACAUCACACUGCUGUGUGGGGGCCAGGACUCUUGAUACAGCAUGCUUGCAUUAGUAGGAUUUCAGGCAAAGGCGUGGAAUAGCUUCAAGGUUUACCCCUGGAAGUGUGUAUUUCUAGGGAGAACUGCAGGUGUGAAAUGUGGGCGCAGAUACAAGGGCCACCAAAAUACACCGGGCUGUGUUCUCUGGUUUAG